AUGUCAAGCCAAAAUACUAUUACUCCACAUCUGAAAACAGAAGAAGGAAUAACCAAUCGUUCACGUUCCCCAUCUCCUGCUACAAAAAAAUCAGUGAUAGAAUCUAGAAGAGCUGAGCAGAACCGAGCUGCUCAAAGAGCUUUCAGACAAAGAAAGGAACGUUACGUAAAGGAUUUGGAAGCAAGAGUGAAUGCCAUGGCAGAUUGGCCUGCACGUAUGGAACAAUUAGAAGCAGAGAACGAACAACUAAAGAGAAAAAUUAAAUACCUUCAAGAAGAGAAUGAAAGAAAUAGAAAAUUGCUAAAAUUAGAAUACAAUGAUGUUCUUGAUGAAAAUAAUGACACAUUAAAUAAAAAUAAUACCACUGAUUACUCUUCUUCUUCUUCUUCUUCUACUGUUAUGAAUACUACUACUUCUACUUCUACUACGUCAAUGACAACAGCACCAACAGCACCAACAACAACAACAACAACAGCAACAGAACAGCAUCAACAAGGUAGAGUAUUGGAUGAUCUUGUAUCUAUUUUAAGGACUCGUCAUAGACCUCCAAUCUCUUCUCAUCCACCUAAUUAA